AUGCCACUCCGAAAUUCUCUCCACCGCCGCACGCACAAAGAGCGCUCACAACUCGCACAUCGCUCCAAACUUGGGAUAUUAGAAAAACAUAAAGACUAUGUGCUCCGCGCUCGAGAUUACCGGUCCAAACGUGAUCGACUGCGUACUUUGAAACUCAAAGCCGAGACGAAAAACAAAGAUGAAUUCUACUUUGGAAUGAAUGGAAAGAAGACCGAGAAAGGGGUGGAAUAUCGUGAUCGUGGAGGGGAAGGUGCAUUGCCUGAAGAUAUGGUCAAAGUUUUGAAGUCCCAGGAUGAAGGAUAUUUGCGAACGGUUAGAAAGAAAGGGCUGAAGCGCAUCGAGUCUAUCAAGACUCAAUUGACAGCAAUGGUCGAUCUUGUCCCAACUCCCGAGGAUCUCGACGAUUUGGAUGACGAUGUUGUGGAUACAUUACGCUCCGCAGGAGUCCUCGCUCCAACGAAGCCAAUCUCACGUAAAUGGAAAGGCAAGGCAAUCCAAUCGACGCCUCGACAUGUAGUGUUCGUCGAUAAUCAAGAACAGGCGAUGAAUUACACUGGCCCUUCAGGCAGCGAGUCCCCAGCUAAGAGCCGGGACCAAUGGUUAUCGGACGAUGAGGAUGAUAAUACCGAAGAUUGGACGGAAGAUAUGCACGAAGAUGAUGAUGAUGAAGAUAAAUACGCACCCCAACGAGCCCAAAAACAGGAGUUAAAACGACAAGCGGCUGCAAAGAAACACCGUCUUUCUCUGCUACAAGAGCUGUCCGCUCGACUCAAACGUGAUACCGUCCUAAGACAUACUCUUCGUGAGCUCGAAUUACAAAAACGCCUCAUGGCUCCUGGUGCUCGCAUAAAAAUACGGGGGCCGGAGCGUGUGGAACAGGACGAUGAGGGUGAGAACGAAGGGAGUAAGAAGAAGCGUGGGGAAGUGAAGUUUGCCAAGCAGGGUGAUAUCGAUUACACACCUCGGGUGUAUAAAUGGCGGUCGGAGCGCAAGCGAUAA